GCAUCAACGGACAAGCAUCAACGGACAAGCAUUCGUUGAGGGAAGGAUGUCGGAAGUAAGGAGUAGAAAGAAGAAGACUCCGGUGAGGUCGUCACUGGAAGGCUCAAUAGAUCCGGGAAGUGAACCGAAGAGCCCUUCUCCGUCAGUGAAAUCAUCAUGGUUCUCGUCCAAAGAGCCUACAAAGGGAACACGCAACUUCUCCCUAUGGAACAUCUGGGUAGCCACCACGAUCUUGAAAGUGCUGUUAUUUGAUACGUAUCAUUCUACCGACUUUGACGUGCAUCGUAAUUGGCUGGCAAUCACGAACAGAUUACCCCUGAAGAGCUGGUAUAUCGAGGCCACGAGUCAAUGGACCUUGGACUAUCCACCGUUCUUUGCAUACUUUGAAUGGGCUCUGUCGCAGUUUGUGCCUCCGAGGGUUGUUGAAGAUGGAUGCCUCGAUCUUGUGGAGAAGGGACAGUACGGUUGGGCAACCGUGGUGUUCCAGAGAAGCACAGUGAUCAUCACAGAGAUAUUCCUGUUUGCAGUGUUGCAGACGUACAUCAACUUGAGCGAGAACAAGACUCUGACGUUCAUCAUCGCAGGCUCACUGGUGCUCUCACCAGGGUUGUUGAUUGUGGAUCAUAUGCACUUCCAAUACAACGGGAUGCUCUUUGGUAUAUUGUGCUGUGUGAUCCUGUGUGCAAGACACAAGAAACACUACUGGAUGGCCUUUUGGUUUGCUGUGUUGCUAUGCUUUAAGCACAUCUUCUUGUAUUUGGCCCCAGCGGUCUUUGUUUACUUGCUAAGAGCGGAAGUGUUGGACGUUACACAGAAGAACAUCAUCAAAUUUGUCAAGUGGCAAAACUUGUUCAAGUUAGGAGCCAUCGUCAUCGCAGUGUUUGCAGUGGCAUUUGGGCCUUUCAUCUACUACGACGUCAUGCCCCAGUUACUCUCACGUCUGUUCCCCUUCUCGAGAGGGCUGACACAUGCAUAUUGGGCCCCGAAUAUUUGGGCUCUUUAUUCGUUCGUGGACAAGAUCUUGGUGAUAGUGUUACAAUGGCCGUAUAUCAAUGGACUGCUCUCGAGACUCAUCCACGUUCCAUCGCGUGAAGUAAUAGCUGCUAAAAUCGCCAGUGCUGGCAAUACUGGCACGAAGGGGCUCGUGCAAGAUGUGGCGUUCAUCAUUCUACCAAACAUAACACCACGCGUUUGUUUCCUUCUGACGUUAUUCUACGACGUACUAUCCGUCCUACCAGUGCUUUUGAAUCCAACUUUCAAGAGAUUUAUCGGCGCGUUGACUCUGAAUGCGUACGCUUCCUUCCUAUUCGGAUGGCACGUCCACGAGAAGGCUGUGAUGCUCAUUAUCUUCCCCUUCACUUUCCUAAUCACUGAGAAGAGACUGUUGAACUGUUUUAUGAUCAUUGCAGGUGCAGGCUAUGUCUCUCUGUUCCCGCUGCUGCCUAGCCAGAACAUCGUCAAGGCACUUUACACAUUCAUUUGGUUCGUCAUAUACACGGUGUCUUUCAACGAGGUUUCAUCGCACAAGACCAAACACGAGAGAGUCUUUAUGUUUGACAGGGUUGCAUUGAUUUAUACACUGGGCUUGAUCCCAAUGGUUUAUUUUGUCUUUCUAUUAGACAUAUUCAAAUCAAAAUAUGUCAUACUACAAAAGUUCGAAUUUGUGGGUUUGAUGAUUUACAGUGUCUAUUGUGGUGUUGGAGUCAUUGGAAGCUGGUUUGGACUAAGUUGGUUAUACUUCUUUGAAGAUUCGCUUUGGGAUAGUGACACAGAUGAAUAAGCAUAUAUAUAAUGUAUACAUCUUAUCGAAUGCUUCUUGUUUUCCUUCCGUGAUUCUUCUUCUUCGGAGACGUAGUCUCAGCUUUUACCUUUGCGGUUUUCUUCUUCAUUUCAAUUGCCUUUGUACAGUCAGGACAGAACCAUUGACCUCUGGGUGCUCUCACGAUGCCAACACAUCCAUAAUGGAACCAUUCAAUCUUACAAUUGGGAUUAUCACAUGCAACCAUUUGUCCAAAACUUGGUUCACGACAGAUACAGUAUAUAUCAUUAUUAUCUUCAUCAACGACCGACUGGUAUACAUCCUGUCGUUCCUCUUCCUUGGGUUCUACUGUCAGUGGAUAUUUACGAGGCC